AUGGCUGAUAGCCAAUUGAAUUUCGUCGAUUUUGAUGCGCAAGUAUCAACAAAAGAUCUGAGUUGCGACUCAGCUUCAUUCCUCUGGCUUGCUCUACUCAAAGAUGUACUCAUUGAACUUCCUCAUUAUGAACACCAUAUAACCAAUGAACAUAACGAGGCAUCAGCGAAACAAGAAAUGGUUAAUCAACUACAAUUCUAUGAUUGUAAAGAAAUGGCUGUUUAUCUAUAUUCAAAAGAUGCCUGCAUUCAUCAGCCGAUCAAUAUUGCUUUACGAACAAAGGAUGUUGAUGCAUUAGUCAGUUAUCGCUACUUUAUUUCUCAUCUCUGCUCGGAUUUGACUGAUAGGUGCACCAAGUACCAUCAAGACCAUCCACACUCAUCUGCAUUUCAUGUUUACCGUGGUCAAAUACUAUCUGCAAAGGAAAUCGAUCGACUGCGAACUAAUAUUAAUAAUCUCAUCGCAAUGAAUGGUUUUUGUGCAACGAGUCGCGACAAAACAAUGGCUGUUAAAUUUGCUCGAAAUGUUCUAUUUGACAUUAAAGUUGAUCUUGAGAAACAUCCAGCGCUGAUCUUUGCAGAUAUUGCUCACCACAGUCAAUUCGAGGAAGAAAAAGAAGUGCUAUUUGACCUUUCAACAGUAUUUCGUAUUGAGAAGGUUGUCGACGAAAAUGACUCAUUGACGUGCAUUUACUUAUCAGCCAGCAGCGAAGGUCGCGAACUUGUCGAUAUAUACUUGACAUUACAACGUGCUGAGAUGCCUGAAUUCAAUUUGGUCAUGAUGUUCGGCCGCCUUCUCUGCUUUAUGGGAGAUUACGCCAAAGCCCAUAAGUAUUUUACAUAUUUUCUUGAGAAUAGUGGGGAAGAUAAGCCAAGUUUACAUCACAAUCUUGCUUUUGUUCAUGACAAACAGCAGAACUUUGACGAAGCUCUUCAACAUUACGAAGAAGCAUGUUCUCUGUUGCAACAAGCCGAUCCACCAAGAGUCCAGGAGUUGGCUGUAACACUCAACAAUAUGGCAGCUGUCUUUUCACAGCGUGGUGAACACGAACAAGCUUUACACUAUUUAGUCGAUUCAUUGGCAAUCCUAAAGGAAUUUCAUACUGCCGAUCAUAUUGGCAUUGCUGGUGCCUACAAUAAUUUGGGUAAUGUUUAUCGUGAUCUUGGUGAAUUCGAAACAUCUUUAGAGAAUCAUCGACUGGCUCAUGAGAUGUAUAAACGAGUUGGUCUGCCGGCCAUUCAUCCAGAUAUGGCUGAUUGUAUUCAAAACCUGGCCAUGGCUCAUCAUAACCUGGGUGAAUUCGACGUAGCACGAACGCUGUACGAGGAAGCAUUAGCAAUACGACGACAAUGUCAGUUGGGAACUCACCCAGACAUUGCUUCGAAUCUCAACGAUAUCGGAUAUCUUUUAUGUGAUGCAGGACAAACCGAUGAAGGUUUCACAUAUUUCGAAAAAGCAUACGAAUUACGCACAGCCAAUCAAGGUACUAGUCGAGUCGAUCUUGCCGAUAGUUUCAAUAAUAUGGGCGUUGUCAAUCGUCAUCGAGACAAUCUAGCCAGUGCUAUUGAGUUUUACAUACGAGCUUUGACUAUCUAUGAGGCGGCAUUGCCGCCCGAUCACGAGAUUAUUGCAAACACGCGAAACAAUCUUGAACUGGCAAAAGGUUUAGAAUUAUCAAUGAAGUCGAAUAACCAACCGCAGUAA